UAUUCCUCCUUCUUUUCCUCCUGGCUUUAUGCUGUGAGCACGUUGCUUGGAACAUAACCCUCAAACGAUCGCAUAUUUGAUAUAAUCUUAUAAGUUUGACUCCAAAAUAUCUCCAAUUUUUAGUAAAAAGGACUUAAAUACGUAUCAGUACGUAUUGAUUAUUACUUAUCUUUCAUUUUUGAUUUUGCAUUGCAAAAUAUAAAUUUUCAAAUGAAGACUAAGAUAGACAAGAAAGCAAAGAAACGAUCUCUGAGUGAGACUUCUCUUUCUAUAAAGUCAAAUCAGAAGCAAAAAACUAUUACUGGAUCCAAGAAAAGUCCUAAAAAGACUAAACUUGUCGGUUUAGUACAAAAUGGAAAUUCUACUAUGGGGAAUAAAGUGCAAAUUCUCAAGAAGAUGUACAAACAAAAAGAGAAACCGAAAAUAAAACAAACUAAUACAGGAUCAUUAGCAGAGAUAAAAACAGAAGGAACUAAAUUACCUAUUGCUAAACUUAAUGAAGAAUCUGUUGGUAAAAAAACAAAGACAAAGGAAAAAAAAUUAAAAAAUUUGCAAAUAAAACAAGUAAAACGUGAGUUACGUAAGAAAAAAAGGAGGAACCGUCAUGUUCGAAAUGCUGCAUCUAUUACACUUAGUACAGAAGAGAUAGAGGCAAAAAUAGAAGAAAUCAGGAGCAGGGAAGUGUUAUCAAAGAGGGCAAAGAAAAUUUUGUCUGUACUUAAUAGAAAAUUGAGAUUAGAAAAAUCAGCACUGGACAAAUCAGAGAAAAAUAUAAUAGGAAAGAAAGGUAACAAAAAAAAUCAGCAAGUAGAUACAUUUGUGAAAACUGAAUCAGUCUCUAAUAAGGAUAAAAAAGACAAAAUAAAAAUAAAAAAAGAACAUGAACAUGAAACAAUUAAACGAGAGAAGGAUGAUCAAAAUGAUAGCAAUAUUAUGAAAACAGAAAAUGAGGAUGAGGAUGAAAGUGAUGAAGAUCAGAAUGAUACUGAAACAGAAGAAUCUAUGCACGAUACAAAUGAACAAUUGGAUGAUGAAAGUGAAGAUGAAGAUACUGAAGAUGAUGAAGAUGAUGAAGAGGAUGAAGAGGAUGAAGAGGAUGAAGAUGAUGAAACUGAUGAAAAUGAUGAAGAUGAAGAAGCAAAUACUUCUCAAGUAAAAAAAGAAGAUGAAAAGAAGCCGAAAACACAAGCUAAACAAUCUUUGGAACAUCAGAAGAAAAAUCAAUAUGUUCUUUUUGUGGGCAAUUUACCAACAGACGUAACAGCAGAUGAACUCAAACAACAUUUCUUAACCAAGGUUGACACUGUAUCCAAUGUUAGGAUCCCAAUUAAAUCAGAUACAAAAACACCCCGAGGAUUUGCAUUUGUGGAGGUGACUAAUAGUACAGAUUUGGAGAAAGGACUCUCGCUACAUCAUACAAUCAUCAAAAACAGACGAAUUAUUGUGAAACCCAAUGAGAACAAAAAGAUGAAUGUUGGGAAAAACUUUGGAUUUGUAAAAAACUUUGGAAUUACAAAAAAGAAGCCACAAGCGUUUCAAAAAGCUAAAAAAUUAACUAGUGGAAAUCAGGGAAAGAAGAAACCAUUAAAGAAAGAAAAACAAUCUUAAAGAUUAAAAAACAUA